UCUGAAAAAGCGAAGAAGGCAAAAGACAAGCAUCAGUUAACACCCGCUCAUGUCAAUGCUCCUAUAUCAAAGACUGAUCCAGAGAGGAUCAAACUGACUCUGCGACAGCAAAGGCUGUGAUGUUAUGAACUUGAAAGAGAGCUCAAUGAAAUGCGCAAUGAAUUACAGAAAUCAAGCAUUGAAGUAGACCAUGAACUAAGCAAUGACUUCAUUAAACUAUUUGAUUCAGCGGACAAUGAAAUAACUCCCUUUAUGAAUCUUUUCU